AUGAGAGCCACAGAGAUACAUAUUUUAUGGAGCGCGUUUUUAGUCAGCUAUGUCAGAAGCGCCAACGAACUUUCGAGAUGUUGCUCGGGCGGAUCUCGACAUUUCGUGCAAACGCAGACGUGUUCGAAUAUUAAAGCUGAAGGAACGAGUGCUACUUGCGUCAGAACGGCUUCUAUCUGUUGUUUACGGGCACUGCUUGACUCAGCCUGCGAAGAAGGCACCUCACUUGCUCGACAGGACGAAAUGUGUCCAUCAAGUAUAAAUACGUUGGGAGGCGGUCUACGGAAGGAAUGUUGCGAUUGUUGUCUUCUUGCUAAGGAUCUUCUCCACAAAAACCAACCCUGUAUAGCUCCUACAGGAUUCUCUGCUGCUUGCCUGAAGUCGUUCACACGUUGCUGCCAAGGGUCGCUCGAGAUCACUCAGCCAUUCCCACAAAUUACUGGAUCACCAACAUCAGACAGUGGCGCAGUGUAUCUCGGCGAUAGAUGUGUGAAUGCGAAGUGUGAGCAUCUGUGCAAUGACAGAGGUGGCGAAUCGAUAGAGUGCAGUUGUCGUUCCGGAUACGAUCUUGGUCCAGAUGGAUAUAGUUGUGUUGAUCGCAACGAAUGUCGCUCGUCGACACCACCGUGCGAGUGGGGACGCGAGGUUUGCGUGAACAUCAUCGGAGGAUAUCUCUGCCAGCCGCUGAAACCUCUGUCCGGACGUCCAUUCUCUGGGAACAGACCAAGAUUUGCAAGAAAAUGGGAAGACAAUCGAAGAGCUGCUACAAAGAGAGCACAAACAUUUAUUCCGUACCCGACUACUCCGGCUGGUGGUGAAGCUAACGCUCCAACCUGCCCUUCCGGAUACCACUCGCAAAAUGGUCAAUGCGUAGACAUUGAUGAGUGUCUCCUACUGGCUGAUGAUUGUCUCGAGUCUCAGCGUUGCCUGAACCUACCUGGGUCUUUUAAAUGUAUCAGAACUUUAUCGUGUGGCACCGGAUACGCAAUGGAUUCAGAGACCGAGGAGUGCAUUGAUGUUGACGAAUGCAAUCUUGGCUCACACGACUGCGGUCCGCUCUACCAAUGUAGGAACACUCAAGGCAGUUACAGAUGUGAUCCCAAGAAAUGUGGUGAAGGCGAAUUACAAAAUCCACAAACAGGAGAAUGUACAAGUAUUGAUUGUCCGCUCGGCUACUAUCCUUCAAACGGGAUGUGCCAUGAUGUUGAUGAGUGCGCGACUGGAGAAAGAUGUGCUCCUGGCGAAGAAUGUGUAAAUACUGCUGGUUCAUUCCGUUGUCAACAGAAGGGGAACAUGUGCGCUGCUGGUUAUGCUAUUAACGAAGCUACUGGUUUCUGUGAUGACAUCAACGAAUGUCUGGAUUCUACAAUAUGUGAUGGUUUGAUGUGUAUCAAUUUACCAGGAAGCUACAAAUGUCGAUGCAAUGCAGGAUAUGAAUUCAAUGAGAAGACCAAACGUUGCGAAGAUGUGGACGAAUGCGAGAAGUUUGCCGGACAUGUUUGUGACCUCUCCGCUGAGUGCAAAAAUACAAUUGGUUCUUUCAUUUGCAAAUGUAAAGAAGGCUUUGAGUUAGCUGCAGAUGGUCGAAGAUGUGAAGAUAUCAACGAAUGCGAACGUGGGACCGCACAAUGCGAGCAGAAGUGCAUCAACAUACCCGGCUCCUAUCAGUGCAUAUGUGACCGAGGUUACACAGUCGGUAGCGAUGGAAGAACAUGUGAAGACAUUGAUGAGUGUGCAUUGUGGGCAGGAUCCGGUAAUGACCUCUGUAUGGGUGGAUGUGUGAACACGAAAGGAUCAUAUCUCUGUCAGUGCCCACCAGGCUACAAAAUUCAACCUGACGGAAGGACGUGUGUUGAUAUAGAUGAAUGUGCUCUCGGAGAAUGUCAAGGGCACGAGCGGAUAUGUGUUAAUACUCUCGGACAGUUCAAAUGCCAUCGAAUAGAAUGUCCGACGAACUACGUUCAUGACAACAACUAUAAGAAUCGAUGCAACCGUUUGCGUACGGUGUGUGAAGGAAUCCCUGAAUCAAUCUGCAAAGCACGAUAUCCUGUUCAUAUAACAUGGCAAUACAUCGCAAUCCCGAAAGGAAUCGUUAUCUCAUCACAUCGACCAACGAUCACUCUGUUCACCAUCAAAGGACCUUCUCAUAACGAUUCUAUCGUUCAAUUUGAACUUAACCUUAAACGAGCUAUUCCUGAAGCACCAUCGGUACUGCUAGCGAUUCGUCAGAAUUUUCUCUUACAAAAGGGAAGGGAUCGAAACUCGGCUGUGGUUGCCGUUCGAGACACAUUGGAUGGUCCUCAAACGAUUGAAAUGGAACUUAUCCUUAGACUCACAAAGAGAUCGCAAUUCGCGGGGAAAUACGUGGCUAAUUUAAUCGUGCAUGUUGCUCCAUAUAAACGACAUUCUAGUUCAUUCGGUUACUAA